CCCAUGUCAAAGUCAAAAUCGUAACCUCAUUUUUAUGUGUCAGGCAAGAAAUGUCAAUAUUUUGUUAAAAAUAGGUGAAGUGUAAACUUUAAAUUAGAAAUACAAACAAAAAUGUCCAAGCCCAAGAAGAUACUAGAGGAAGCUCGGGAGUUUCAAAAUCCCGAGUUAGAUUUAUUUGAUAAAAAUAUUACUUCAUUUGAAGAACUACCAGGAUUAUUAAAUAUGACAAACAUAACAAGGUUAACUCUAAGUCACAACAAAAUUAAAUCUGUACCUCCAGGGCUUGCAAAUUUAACAAAUUUGGAAAUUUUGAAUUUAGCAAAUAAUUUUAUUGAAGAACUACCUCUCUCCCUAUCAUCAAUGCCCAAAUUGAGAAUAUUAAAUUUGUCUAUAAAUCGAUUGUAUAGUUUACCAAGGGGGUUUGGUGCUUUUCCAGUUUUAGAAGUUUUAGAUUUGACUUAUAACAAUUUGAAAGAGGAUGCCUUGCCAGGAAACUUUUUUAUGAUGGAAACCCUGCGUGCCUUAUAUUUGGGUGACAAUGAUUUUGAAUAUCUUCCGCCUGAUAUCAAGAAUCUCAAAAAUUUACAAAUACUAGUUCUUCGAGAAAAUGAUCUAAUAGAAUUGCCAAAAGAAAUUGGAGAAUUGACCCGUCUCAGAGAACUUCAUCUGCAAGGAAACCGUCUUACUAUUUUACCGCCAGAAAUAGGAAAUUUGGAUAUGUCUUCCAACAAAUCUGCUUUUAGAUUUGAAGGAAAUGAAUGGGUUGCACCUAUUGCUGAUCAGCUACAGCUUGGAGUUAGCCAUCUUCAAGAUUAUUUGAAGAGUGAAACAUACAGAGUGUUAUACAGCAGAUUAUCCACAAAUAAACCUGCUAUUCCUUCUCCUUGUGUUGAUAAAGCUAAAAAAGUAUCACGAAUUCGUUAAUGUUUUUUUUUAAGAUUUGCAGAAUUACUCAAAUAAAAACAUCCCAAGCAUUUAAGAAUGUACUUAAAAUAAAUAUUGGAUUUAUUUAAAUAAUUUCUGUAAUUUCCGUGAUUUUAA